CCACCUUAUAUUUCGUCAAGCAUCCCUUUCCUUGGACAUGCAAUCGCCUUUGGAAAAAGCCCCAUUGAAUUUUUGGAAAAUGCUUAUGACAAGUAUGGACCUGUAUUCAGUUUCACUAUGGUGGGGAAGACAUUCACAUACUUACUGGGUAGUGAUGCUGCUGCUCUACUCUUCAAUAGUAAAAACGAAGAUCUGAACGCAGAGGAUGUAUACUCACGGCUAACUACACCUGUUUUUGGCAAGGGAGUUGCUUACGAUGUCCCUAAUAUGGUAUUUUUGGAACAGAAGAAGAUGCUCAAAACUGGGCUAAAUAUUGCACAAUUUAAACAGCACGUCUCUGUGAUUGAAGAGGAGACAAAGGAGUAUUUCAAAGCGUGGGGAGAGAGUGGAGAAAAAAACCUGUUUGAAGCCCUUUCAGAACUUAUCAUUCUGACAGCAAGCCACUGCUUACAUGGGAAGGAAAUCCGGAGCUUACUGAAUGAGAAGGUGGCUCAGCUGUACGCCGAUUUGGACGGGGGCUUCACUCAUGCUGCCUGGCUCCUGCCGGGCUGGCUACCUCUGCCCAGCUUCAGACGUCGGGAUCGAGCACACAGAGCGAUAAAGAAUAUCUUCUACAAGGUUAUCCAGAAACGUCGGAAGUCUGAGGAUAAGGAAGAUGACAUGCUCCAAACUCUACUUGAUGCUUCAUACAAGGAUGGCCGUCCGCUGACAGACGAUGAAAUUGCGGGAAUGCUGAUCGGGCUGCUGCUAGCAGGGCAGCACACGUCCUCCACCACCAGCGCCUGGCUCGGCUUCUUCAUAGCCAGGGACAAAUCCAUACAGCAACAGUGCUAUGCAGAACAAAAAGCAGUUUGUGGGGACGACUUGCCACCGUUGACUUACGACCAGCUCAAGGAUCUCAGUUUGCUGGAUCGCUGCCUAAAAGAAACUUUAAGGCUAAGACCUCCCAUCAUGACCAUGAUGAGAAUGGCCAGAACUCCCCAGACUGUUGCUGGAUAUAACAUUCCCCCCGGCCAUCAGGUGUGUGUGUCUCCCACGGUUAACCACAGACUCCGGGACUCCUGGAAAGAGGCUCUGGACUUCAAGCCUGACCGGUAUCUCCAAGACAACCCGGCAGCCGGAGAGAAGUUUGCGUACGUUCCGUUUGGUGCAGGCCGUCAUCGCUGCAUUGGAGAAAACUUUGCUUACGUUCAGAUUAAGACUAUUUGGUCUACUUUGCUCCGUUUGUAUGAAUUUGAUCUCAUCGAUGACUAUUUUCCAACCAUAAAUUACACAACGAUGAUACACACGCCUAACCACCCCAUUAUCCGAUACAAGAGGAGGGCCCUGUAAACUUGGGAGCCAAAACCUUACUUAACUUGUGUAAACUAACAGACUUGUUUGAACGAUGUCGUGACAAGUGAGAGGCAAGUGGAAACUGUUGCGUCUGCUGUCGGAACGCAACAGU